AUGCGACGACGUCUCUUCCCCCUCCUCCUCAGUAUCAGCCACCUGCUCGGGGCGUCCGCUGACGAUGUUACAUGCUAUAAACCCGACCGAACGAGCCGCACCUUCAAUGGAACGAUCCUGUGCAACAGCGUCGACGGCGCGGUGAGCAUGUGCUGCGGAUGGAACGAUAUAUGCCUCCAGAACGGCCUUUGCAAAACGAAAAUAGAGCCGACAAACUACUGGCGGAAUAUGUGCUCGAUAUCCUCGUGGCCGGAAGUGGGCUGCUUAAAUGCUUGUACGGACGAGACGCAGAUUGACGAAUUCGGCAACGCAGUGAUGACCCCCUGUGACGGGACGGACUACUCGGAGACCUGGUGCUGCGGCGCAUCGAACGAGUGCUGUGGAACAGACGCCGCGAUCACUGUUCCUGCGAAUAUCUACGUGUCCCCAUCGUUAUCACCUUCAUCGUCAACCAGCGCAUCGCCCACAUCCCCCCCACCCAGUACGAGCUCUGGCUCAGGCGCGGAACCUUCACCGGAGCCAUCGUCAGAAUCAUCAGGCUUGUCGACCGGAGCGAAAGCGGGUAUCGGUGUUGGUGUUGCGGCAGGUGUGAUUGUUGUGCUUGGGUUCUUUGCAUUCUUCGUGAUUCAACGGCGACGGAAGAAGGCGGCGAUUGCAUCAGGGACGUUCGGCGGCUCAGCAGGACUGGGUGCAGUUCCGGGGGUUCCUCAGGAGCUUGGACAGACUGCGGUGUAUGAGAAGCCCGCAGAUAAACCAAACACGAGGUAUGAACUGCCCGCGGAACAAUCUACCGUGGCAGAUCGAUAG